CUGAUCCCCUUUGCAUAUCUCAGAUCGGGAGACCUGUGCCAUGGGCACCCAACUCCGUAGCUUUCGAAGCUUAUUGCGGCUUUGUCGAGAAUGUGAUCAACAGCCAGCACGUUUGCUGGGACUCUUGGGGCGGCCGCCGCGGCAGUACGACUGGAACUUCAAUCGGGCGGUUCGGACACGCUUCAGCGGAUCCCCCUUUGCGGAGGAUAUGGUUUGGGAGGCCUUGGGCUUCUCGACGCAGUUUGCGAUGCCUCGUCCUGGCGGAGCUGCCAGAGCAUGCCGACGGCAUUUUCGGAGGGCACAAGCCUUGGGCAUGGGCGAACUAUAUCCUGCGGAGGCAUCAGAGCUCUUCAAGCGGAUUGCCGCGAGCAAGAGCCUUGUGUCUAACUUGGGGCCAGAAGUGGCACAUGAUCAUCCGCGCCUUCUGAAGAGUUUCGACACUGGAAGCCACCUGCAGGUUUCUCAAGGUGACCUCCUCCUGACUCACCCCAUUGCUUGCCUGAAAAAUACCCACUUCGACCAGGCCGUGAUACUUCUGCAUGAGGUGUCCAGCAGUCCAAGCAAUCCAGAUGCACAGGUGAAAGGUCUAGUUGUGAAUAAGCCAAUGCCGAAUAUUCCCCUCAAGCAGCUCUUGGCCCGUGCAACGUCUCCUGAAGACAAAGAGUGGGCUGGAAUGGUUCAAUCCGAUUGCAAGCUGGACGGGCUUUCUGUCUUUCGGGGUGGUCCCAUUAUUGUUGGCAACUCGAUUCGGCACAAUCUGCACUGGCUGCAUGGCUUCUUUGAGGUUCCUGGUGCUAAGCAAGUUGCUCCAGGCCUGUGGCUAGGAGGAGAUUGUCGAGAAAUACUGGAAAAAGGCAUGCAGGGUGAUGAAGUGCAAAGUCACUCCAUUCCCUUACGUGUUUGCUUUGGAUACUCUGCAUGGACUGAGCUUCAAUUGCGACUGGAGCUCGAGAGCGGUGUUUGGACCCGGGCACAAGCUCUUGAUGACCGACCCAGAGACGGUGCUCUCUCCAUCAUUGCUUCCAGCUGCUUCGGGACAGAAGGCAAAACUGCUUGGCAACAGGGCCUUCACUCAGCGGGUUGGUCCUUCAUGGCCAACUUCCCCCGUAACGCGGAAGUGGACGAGAAGCUGGAGCGGCACACGAAACAGCAGGAGUCCCAAGCUCAACUCCAGGCACAAACUCCAAAACCGUAGGACCAUGAGAGACGUUACGGCCCAUGUUUGGGCCCAAAGGGCCCCUACCAGGCAUAGCCGGCAUAGCGACAUAGCAGAGCCAUAGCCGGCGAGAGUUUCGCCCAUUUCAGGAGGUCCAGCUCUUUGGGAAGGCAGGCUCUAACAGCUCGUGUGAAAAAUGGACUUUGCUGCAACACAUUGGGAAUCAUGGCCACAUGAGAAUGCGAUCUGUGCAAAUGUUAACGUUCUUUUGGUUUUACUUCUUCCCAGGGCUUCAGCUAUUUUCAUCAGAUGGGGGCUGCUGGGAGUGACUUGC